AUGGAUGCCGAUAUUCCCUUGAUUCCCCCGCAACCUGUUGAGGAAUAUGUGAUUCCGGAUGGAUCACUCGUCGGCCCAGGAGAUGGAGUAGAAAUAGUGCCGUCUAGUGAAUUUGUCACGCCUUUAUCACCAACGAAACGAUUUGGGUAG